AUGCCUAUCACCCUCACUACAGCCAAGCAUCCACCGCGCGGAUGGAAACUCCAAAGGGUCGCCGAGGUCGAAGAGCUCUUCGAACAAUCCUGUCCAAAGGAGCAUGACGGCAGCAAAAGGUUGGUCGGGAGCUCAUUUACCAAAGACCUCUUCGACACAUCUUAUAUCUCCGCAUCCGAAAAUGGCUUUGUCUGGGCCGUCUUCCACGCCUACAGUCAACACCACAACCUUGUGCUCCGGCCCGAAGACGUGUGGUUCACCAUUCUGUCACAGCUCAGUUUCUUCGUCAUUGCACAUUCUGAGGAACUACGACAUCUAUUCGUCGCACAUAAGGAUACAGUCCGUCUGGAAGUCAUGACAAACGAUACCUUGGACACUGUGGACUUUGGUGAAAUGGCUAUGCGCUUGACAGAGUUUAUGAAAGAGCGUGUGGUGGAUCCGGAUCUGCGGGACUGGAUCAUGCCAGCUUUUAGCACCACGACUGCGUCUGACGAAGUGGUAGCAGCUAUCAUAAUCAUGGGCUCCAUGCAGAAGUAUUUCUCAUACCAAUUCACUUUACGGUGCGGAAUCCCGUCGGUCACUUUGCUCGGUGAUCGUGAAGACUGA